GCCUCGGUGCGACUGACCUUGGCGACCCUGCUGUAUUCUGGGAAGUCUCCUGAUGGACACCACAUCCUGAGCAGUGCCAAGUACCUACACAUGGAGCUUCCUGUACGGAUCGCCCAUCGCAUCAAGGGCUUCCGUAGUCUGCCCUUCAUCAUCGGCUGCAACCCCACCAUUCUGCAAGUGAUCAAGGAUCAGGACAUGGAGGCUCGGUUCUGUAAGCUGGUGCAGCAGCUGCUGGACGACCAUAAAGAUGUGGUGACCAUGCUGGCCCAGGGCUUCAGGGAGUGUCGCAGACACGUCCAGGACGAGAUGAUCCUCCGCAGCUUCCUGGACACAACGCUGUGCUCUCGCCUGGGAAUCCGAAUGUUGGCCACGCACCAUCUCGCCCUCCACGAGGAAAACGCUGACUUCGUUGGGAUCAUAUGCAGACGUCUCUCCCCCAAGAAAAUCAUAGAGAAGUGGGUGGACUUUGCCAGGCGUCUGUGCGAGCACCAGUACGGGAACUCGCCCAGAGUGCGGAUCAACGGACACGUAGCAGCUCGCUUCCCCUUCAUCCCUCUGCCUCUGGAUUACAUCCUGCCCGAGCUCCUCAAGAACGCCAUGAGGGCCACCAUGGAAAGCCAUCUGGACACCCCAUACAAUGUGCCCGAUGUGGUCGUCACCAUCGCCAAUAAUGACAUUGAUUUUGUCAUCAGGAUUUCAGACCGUGGCGGCGGCAUCCCUCACAAUAUUGUAGACAAGGUGAUGGACUACCACUUCAGCACGGCUGAGGAGAGCGCACAGGACCCCCGCAUGAGCAACCUCUUUAACAACAUUACCAACAGUGGAAACCAGUCCAGCCCUAUGCACGGGUUCGGCUUCGGCUUGCCCACAUCCAGGGCCUACGCUGAGUACCUGGGCGGCUCUCUGUCCGUACAGUCUAUGCAGGGCAUCGGCACCGACGUCUACCUGCGUCUGCGCCACAUCGACGGCAAAGGAGAGAGCUUCCGAGUGUAAAGCCCCGCCGUUGGUCACCCUUGUAAAACACAGGAAUCAGGCCAUGCAGGAGGACACCAGGAAGGCUGGCAUGGACUACAGGACUUUGGUCCACGAAGUGAUAGCCUACACAGUAUGUUGUCAGAAAGCUCCUAAAUCCACCAACCCACUACUUGUUCUUUUUUUGUUGUUGUUGUUGUUCUGCCUUAGACUGAUUAUAAGCUAUGUUAGCUCUCAAGUUUAUGAUUUCAGUUGUUUUUUUUCCUUUGUGUUUUGUACCCUGUGGCAUGUCGUCUUGAAGUUUUAAGGGGUGUAUGAACUUUUGAAUGUUUUAGGUUAUCGGGACAAACUGUGCAUAGUGGACAUUGACGUCACUGUGGAAGGAAAGGAAGAGCUUCAGUUUUAAAGAAGUUCAUUUCGAAGUCACAUAGCCUCAAAAUAGGAAACAGACGUUUUGAUGAUUAAAAAAAAAAAAGUUUCAAAGGAAACUUCCUGAGACACUCCAGCAACCCUGUCAAAAUCUCCUCAAAGUGCACAAAGCUGCUUGCAUGUUCCACAACGAUCAACACAACCGUAGUCUGAGUUCCCAGAGCCUUCCAGUACGUUAUCAGCUCUUUGUAUCAAAAUCUAAAAGGGUCUACAGGGGGGGAUAAAACCCAGCUCUGGUGUCCUCGGGUAUUAAAGCGUUAAACCUCAACCCUCGACGACCCUUAAGCGACAUUCAGCAAAGCCUUGAGUUCAGCUGCGGCUGGUACACGCAGAAGAAAACUGCCAAAAACACCAAAAGCUCAUUAACCGACCUCUGUCUCGUUCUGUUUGGAGAACACGCGCCGCGACCGAACAUCUUUUCUUUUGUUCAGCAGUAUUUUUGUGGAGCUUUUCAGGCAGGGAAGCCAACCCGAGAUGUUCAGUGGCCUUACUGUGUGACGCUUAGUCCUUCAACUUGCAUGCUGACUUUUACUUGGUUUUUUUUUCUUUCUCGUUGCCUUUAUCGGUUCACACAGAUGCACAGCACCAUGUCAGUUUCAUUAGUUUGGAUGUCAGAUGUGUGGUUUUUUUUGCACAAUAAAUAGAUUUCCCGUUGUGAUGCUCAGCACUUGCACCAAUCAUAGCAGUUUUUGACUUUAUUGUAAGAACUUUCAGAGUAACAAUAUACCAGAGAAGUAUUGUCUAAUGUUGUCUCCUUUUUUUCUGUUUUAUCUCCACUUUAGUUGUUUUUUUUUUGUUGUUGUUUUUUAGAAAGUGUGUCUGUUGUUUUUCAGGUUUGCUGUCUUUUUGAGAUAAGUUUUGUAUAAAAUAACAUUUCAGGAUCGGUCAGUGACACACAGGUUCAGUUUGGCUGAGGUCGCUCGUCAUUUUUAGGUCAAUUUUGUCAAGAUCUCAACUUAAUAUGAGCGGUGCUUUGAGACGACGAAUGGCCAUAUCUAGUUUUUUUUUUUUUUUUUUAAAUACUUAUUUUACGUCCCUUUUUUUUCUUCUAAUUUAGAAAUAUUGAGUUCCCUAACAACUAAAGGUCUGUGUGCUGUUGGACAUCAGUCUUUACUUUCCCCUGUACAAUUAUUCAUUACAACCAAGAACCUUUUCGCUACCAUACAAGCGAGAUGGUGUCAGCUUUUGUUACGGCACUCCAGCUACGUUUUUCCGUAAAUGAACGUGACGAAAAACAACCCACUGCUGCAAACUGCACAACACAUACUUGGAGUUUCGUCCAACUCCUCGAACGCCAACUAAACUCCUGUUUCCAGGAUGAUUAAAAUGCUCGCUUCAGCUCAUAAACUUCGCCUGUACUACUAAGCAUGUGCAACUUCUCGUUGCUGCUUUAAAUUACAUUAUCUCUCGAUAUCAGUGUUUUUCUCUCUAAUCGUCUCAGGAUAACGGGCGUCUGUACUUCAUGGUCUAUCCAAGUCAUAAAGUCAUUCCUCUCGACCUGAAGACAAACAGAUGAAUACAACAACAACAAUAACAUAUAUUUAUCUUGUAAACAAGCGCAAAUUCGCAAUAUCUGCCGCAUUGUGCAUGCAUAACAUCACAAACAUUUGACCCUUUAUGCCAAAUUUAAGCCUCAUAAGGCGAAAACUGUGGCCGCCAAAUGGUUGGGGAAAUAUUCGUGGAUGGACCGACCGAAAAAGCGAACUGUAGAAAAAACUGUUCUCAAAAAAACUCAAAAAACCCCAAAACAAAGUCAAAACAAUCAAGUUGUGAUCUUGACAUAACGUAGCAAAAAUGAUUAGCAAACCUCGGCCGCUCUGAGUUUCCAGUUACAGUUGUAUACAUCAAAUAAUACAGAGUCAAUAACACGAGGUUUAGACAUUACCCCCACACAUUUUCCCACCUCAAGCACUCACAUUUUGUUGAACAUUCCCCAGUGAGCACCAGUCAUCCACCAACACAGAGAACUGAAAGCUACAUUCACACUUCAUCUGUUGGGAGCAUAUGUUAUUAUAUUAGCUUAUACUGUUUAGCAGAGAGGGCAUUGGGAAUCUUGAGCUGUAAUUAACAGGAUUGGAAAUCUAUUAAGUUUGUAAACCAUCAGGCAAUAGUCUUCAUACGUUUUUUCGGUUUUUGGCUCAGAGAGAGACUCGACCUGUGAUUUCAAGAAGCAAAAAGGGGCAGAUCUUAGGAAGGGUCAGUUAUUGGUUAUAAAUCACCGACCUGGAGUCGCACAACCUUUUAUUCUAAAGCUGCAUCAUAAAAGCUUUAGAGUGACUGACAUUUGACACAGUUUUUGUUCCAUAAAACCUAUAAAUUAUAUACGAUUCUGACACGUUCUGUAUCUUACAAAUAACUGGUUCGCUUGGAUUUGCACUUUUUUUUUGUUUACAUACAAAAUGUUCCUUGAGUUAAAAUGAGAUUUUAGCAUGUGAGACAUUGUGCAAACACGAGUGAACCACUUAUCUGAGUUUUAAGAUAAUCUGAAAUAUAAAUAAAUUGAAACAUCAUCUGAUUUAAUUGAUGAAAUAUUUAUUUUCUGAAAACAAAAACACGCCUGUAUAAUUCACAGCUCCAGAGCGACGGAGAACGGCCUGUAUUACCUUUACCUGUAUUCUCGCCGAGGCCGUGUAUAUGAAUUAAUGUGUUUAUUGUGGCUUUGAAGGUCUUGAAGAUGUAGUAUAUGUAUGUAGCUUAUGCAUGUAAAGCAGACGCUGGUCGACGGAUGGUUUAAGGUUUGUGUCCUUUUUUAGAGACGCAUUCGCAGGCGAACCGGCAUCAUUCAGAGGUUUUCUCCUUGUCCAAAAUGCUGCUGGUAAAAUGUUUCUGAAGGUGGUUUGUAAAUUGUGGAUUUGGCAGCCAAGCUGUGGCGUUUAUGAAGCAUGGCACGUGUACUGUCUGCCCCCUGCUGGUCUAAAAGGACAAGUGCAGGCAGACUAGAAAAAAUACAGAUUUUUUUGAAGAGGGAAGAGGAUGUGCAACAAAAUUUCCCAAGUUUCUGUUACUUUUUGCAGAUUAAUAGAAAAAAAUAAUUGUAAUUUCACCAUAACUUUCAGUACAAAGUCAAAUAUUGGCCUUACUGACAGAAUGUGCUGCCAUGGAGUGUUUUGUCUCCUAGACUGAAAUUAGUUUCUCUCACAUGUCUUUCUGUUGUGUUCAGGACUCUGUAAACAUUAAAUUUUACUUGGUUGGAA